AAAUGAGUCUCUCAAAGGAGCCAGAACCCAAAGGUGGAACCCUCAGCACUGACAAAAAGAGGGUCUAGGUAGAAAGACCAGAGUCACCUGUACCCAGUGGUGUGUCAAUGAAGAGUGAACUUUCAGUGGAUCAACCAAUCAACCUCACAGGAGGGUUCACAGAUGAUCCAAGGGUCCAGUUAGAAAGACCUGGGUCACCUGUUCCCAGUGGUAUGUCAAUGAAGAGUGAACGUUCAAUGGAUCAUCCAAUCAACCUCACAGGAGGCUUCACAGAUGAUCCAAGGGUCCAGACAGAAAGACCAGGGUCACCUGUUCCCAGUGGUGUGUCAAUGAAGAGUGAACGUUCAAUGGAUCAUCCAAUCAACCUCAGAGGAGGGUUCAUAGUUGAUCAAAGGGUCCAGACAGAAAGACCAGGGUCACCUGUUCCCAGUGGUGUGUCAAUGAAGAGUGAACGUUCAAUGGAUCAUCCAAUCAACCUCACAGGAGGCUUCACAGAUGAUCCAAGGGUCCAGACAGAAAGACCAGGGUCACCUGUUCCCAGUGGUGUGUCAAUGAAGAGUGAACGUUCAAUGGAUCAUCCAAUCAACCUCAGAGGAGGGUUCAUAGUUGAUCAAAGGGUCCAGUUAGAAAGACCUGGGUCACCUGUUCCCAGUGGUGUGUCAAUGAAGAGUGAACGUUCAAUGGAUCAUCCAAUCAACCUCACAGGAGGCUUCACAGAUGAUCCAAGCCAGCCACUUGAAAGACAAGCAAAAAGAAAAACCAGAAACGGAUACGAGAGGGCCGUCACAUUACCCUCUGUGCACACCGGUCCAGGUAGAAAGACCAAGGUCACCUGA